AUGUCGGAGAACGGAGUGCUCAAUGGCACGCAUACUCCGGAGACCCCAAAGCCAGCCCAUGCAAGCCUUGCAUUGACCGAGUACACGAUUAACCCGUCACCGCCCAGUUCGACACCUCGAGAAAAGACUGAGCAUGCUGGUGUGCCAGCUGAUUACUUGCUGCCCACGGGCUAUCCCGAUUACCUCCGCCUAAUCCUAACCGCCAAAGUCUACGAUGUUGUUGAGACGACGCCGUUAACACAUGCAAUCAACUUGAGCAACCGAUUAGAAAGCAAUGUCUUGCUCAAGAGAGAAGACCUGCUGCCUGUCUUUUCAUUCAAGCUCCGGGGUGCCUACAACAAGAUGGCCCAUCUCACGCCUACUGAGAAGUGGAAAGGGGUCGUCGCAUGCUCAGCCGGCGGCAGCGUCGUGCUCCACGGACCGGACUUCGACGCUGCAAAGGCAGAAUGCAAUCGCUUGCAGCAACUGCACGGCCUGACUAACAUUCCACCUUUCGACGACCCAUACGUGAUCGCGGGCCAAGGCACGAUCGGCGCAGAGAUCCUUCGACAAGCAGACCUCAGCAAGCUCGAAGCCAUCUUCUGCUGUGUCGGCGGCGGCGGUCUGAUUUCAGGCGUCGGUGUCUACGUGAAGCGUAUUGCGCCUCAUGUGAAAAUCAUCGGUGUCGAGACCUACGACGCAAACGCCUUGGUUCAGUCGCUCAAGGCCGGCAAAAGGGUGACGCUCAAAGACGUCGGUCUUUUCGCUGAUGGCGCUGCCGUAAAGACCGUUGGCGAAGAGACGUUCCGCAUAUGUACGGAAGUUGUUGACGAGAUCAUUCAAGUCGAUACCGACGACAUCUGCGCCGCCAUCAAGGACGUUUUUGAGGACACGCGAUCAAUUCUCGAGCCCGCUGGAGCAUUAUCCCUAGCAGGCCUGAAGAAGUACGUUGCUGCCAGCCCAUCUCAGGACACCAAAAGGCAACUCGUCGCCAUCGCCUCCGGCGCCAACAUGAACUUCGACCGCUUACGCUUCGUCGCCGAGCGCGCCGCCAUCGGUGAGAAGAAGGAAGCCCUGCUCUCAGUCACCAUUCCCGAACAACCAGGAAGCUUCGCCAAGCUCGUGGGCAUGGUCAACCCGUUCAGCGUCACGGAGUUCUGCUAUCGAUACUCGAGCCCGCUUGAAGCGAACGUCUUGAUCGGCAUCAACUUCACCGCCUCAACGAGGGCGCGAGACUUGACUGCACUCAUCACACGAUUACACGAAGAUGGCAUGACAGCACGGGAUCUAAGCGGCGACGAGCUCGCCAAAUCGCACAUCCGAUACCUGGUCGGUGGCCGCAGCAACGCCGAAGACGAACGUCUCUUCUCGUUCGAGUUCCCAGAGAGGGGAGGAGCGUUGUACAAGUUCUUGACGCUGCUGCAGCCGGGCUUCAACAUCAGCUUGUUCCAUUACCGGAACUACGGUGGCGAUGUCGGAAAAGUGCUUGCUGGGAUCCAAUGCCCGCCUGGCGAGGAGGAGGGUUUGCAGCAGUUCUUGACCAACAUUGGAUAUAGGUACUCUGAGGAGACGGAGAAUCCUACUUACCAGAUGUUUAUGCGGGAGUAA